CCAACUUUGAUCAGGAUAUUUCCAGGCGCCCCUCCACAGCCAGCUCAACUGCCCGCCCGCCCGAGCAGAGAAGCACAGCUCAACUUGGGGCGAAUUGGGAGCUUGAUGCCCUAGAAAUAGGGUCAUUGCAAUGUCGAGGCCAGACAAUCUAGUAUAACCAGCCAAGCCACCGCGACGACGACGGCGACGACGACGAAGACACCUAGCGCCUGGCCUUGAGUGCCAGUCGCCUGCGCAGCACCCCUUAUGGCGCCACCACACCUCCAUCCACGGUCGCGCAUGACCUCGUCCCUUUUUAUGACCACCGUCUUCGCGAGCUUCUUCGUCGUGGCCCUGCCGCAUGUCCUACCAUGCCCUGCGCCGAGAAAGGCCUUCCUCGAUGGCGAAGUUUCGGUUGACGCAAAUGGCAGGCGCCGCCGCCGGAGGAAGCCCCAGGACCCCGAGGUCAAGGGCGGAAUCGUGCAGUUUGACGUCAUGAACGCCCCCGUUGAGUCGUCGCCCGCAGAGCCGGCCGCCGCAACGAGGAGGGAAUGCCCAGUGCCCAAGCCGGGUGGCGUCGUGGGCGAGCUCCUAGGAUUCAGGAAGUCGUCGGCAAGCGAGCAGACAGAGAAUACCAGGAGGUGACCACACGGGAUGAUGCGCCGCUUGUCGCAUAGCCAAAAAAAAACGUGUAUAGAAGGGGCUCGGCCGGUGGCAGCAGGGAGCAAUGCCACCAGGUCACCAAUGGCUGGCGAGAACGAGCCGACCAAGCCACGAUCUACUUUGCUACAUAAAUUCACGCCCGAAACAACGAACGGGCGGCGAUAUCUAGCGCUGAACCCUACAGAAUAAGGCCUAUGAUAGAGGCGUUGACCCACGAGAUACACCAGACAUUUCAUAGAAUGUUCCAGCUUGGCGCCAUUUUGUUUCUCUCGGCAUCCAUAGCGGUACAUCACAUGUGUAUGAUGAGUACGCAGUGCGGCUACGGAACUUGGGCCUUCUCGUGGGAGCGAGUCGCGAUAAACUUCUAAAUCGAGGUCGCCAAACACCCCUGAUCUGCAGAUCGGGGAAUAUAUCUCGUCUAUCCUGG